AUGCAACAGCACAAUGGGCGUCAUAAACCAUAUGUUACAGAAUCUUCAUUGAAUGUUGACAGCGAAGCUGAUAUUGAGCUGAGUGUCCCGUUCGUGGAAGCCGCACCGAUUGCUGAUGGGGAGGCUGUCACUCCACCCCGACAAGGGAUGCCAGCCCCUCCAUCUACAGUGGUUCGCGUCCAAGUUACUGCGCCAGCGAUGCUUCCUCCAGGCUACGUCAUGCAGGUCCUGUAUCAAGAAAAAGAUGAAACGGGAAAUUUCAAGGAUACAUGGAAGAAAGGAAUUAUCAUAAUCCCUUUGGAUGGUGGCGGAGUGAACAAAGGCCAAGUAUUUGAAGCAGAAACCCAACCAUUCGAUACAGUGAAACAAAUACAUGGCUACUGGCAUGGAAAUGAAUUCAAUGUUGAUGAGUGCUGCUGUUCCCAAACUACCGACGCCGACUUUUGUUUGUUGUCAUGGUACUGCCCUCCAGUUGCUUGGGCUUGCCUUUACGAGCAACUCGUGAUCUUGGAUAAGCAGAAUGCCGGUCAGAAUAGCUACCGUCCACGAUUCGUAGCAAAAUCAAUCGGUUUUGUCUCGCUACUCUUUUUGAUACUUUCCAUCGUACCAAAGACUUCGGGGGCUGUACUAUCCCGCGUCACACCAGAUGAUUCUGGAUUUAAAGGUCCUUUUGCUGUUGUUUUUUUCGGUGCUUGGAAUAUUUGGGCUUACUACUCCUCUUGCUUUUGUCUUCUUGGUUUUUGGAAUGGUUGUGAGAUCAAAGAUUCGUGA